AUAUUUCAACGUUUUGGCCAUGCUUGCCCGCGCUUGUCGGACGGAGCUCAGCAGUCAACAAACGUUGUGCGACUCUUUUUCGGCUGACACUUGGAGCCGCAGGAACGAUGGCGAAGAUUAAGGGCGAAGGGAAGCGCGAGAAGCGCGGGAAGUCCACGCUCAACGAAGUUGUCACGAGAGAGUACACCAUCCACCUUCACAAGCGGUUGCACGGUAUUGGUUUCAAGAAGCGCGCUCCCCGUGCCAUCAAGGAGAUUAGAAAGUUCGCAGAGAAGCAGAUGGGAACCUCAGACGUCCGAGUUGACACCAGGUUGAACAAGUUCAUCUGGUCCAAGGGAAUCAGGAGCGUUCCGUUCCGAGUCCGUGUGAGGCUGGCUCGCAGGCGGAACGAGGACGAGGACUCCCCCAACCAGCUGUACACGCUGGUCACAUACGUGCCUGUGGAGACCUUCAAGAAGCUCCAGACAGUCAAUGUGGAGUCCAGCGACAACUGAUGUGCAUUGGGUAAAAUAAAAAGGUGUACAGAA